AUGCCAGGCGAGGUUAUCGACCGACCAAACCCGAGGCCUCCUCCGUCCCAGCUACCAGACUCGGUGGACGAGCUCAGGGUUCAACUUCAAACAGUCAAGCUGGACGACGGGGUCCGUCGUUCGUUGGAGAAAUUCCGUCGAGCCACGGACUACAUUGCUGCGGUUGCCGUUAGAUCGUGGCUGACAUUGAUACUGCGGAACAAAGCUAUGAUAUUUCUCCAGAGCAAUGCCUACAUGAAACGCCCGGUUAAGCCUGAAGAUAUCAAACCCCGGCUGCUAGGCCACUGGGGCACCUGUCCUGGUUUGAAUCUCGUGUAUUCCCAUCUCACCUAUAUGAUACGAUGCCAUGACUUGGAUAUGCUGUUUGUCACCGGACCUGGGCAUGGCGCACCUGCGAUCCUCGCCUCACUCUGGGUUGAAGGGUCAUUGGGAAAGUUUUACCCUAAAUACGCCAACGAUACCAAUGGGCUCACCAAGUUGAUCACCCAGUUCAGUACCACUGGCGGAUUUCCCAGUCACAUCAAUGCGGAGACACCCGGAGCCAUACAUGAAGGUGGCGAACUUGGAUACGCCCUAGCCGUCUCGUUUGGGAGCUGGAAUGGUAUCAAGUACAUCGAUCCCGCAGAGUCAGGGGCUGUCUUGCCGAUUCUUCAUCUCAAUGGAUUUAAGAUUAGCGAGCGGACUAUCUACGGGUGUAUGGAUGACAGAGAGCUUGUCUCAUUGUUCUCUGGUUUCGGCUACCAGGCACGAAUCGUGGAAGGCUUGGAUGAUAUUGAUACCAACCUGAAUAGCUCGUUAGAAUGGGCACUAGCAGAAAUCCGUAGGAUCCAAAAGGCCGCCCGGUCUGGAAGCCCAAUCAUGAAACCCCGAUGGCCAAUGUUGAUCUUGCGAACCCCCAAAGGUUGGACAGGACCAAAGAGCAUCCAUGGGAAAAUCGUAGAGGGCUCCUUCGCAGCGCAUCAAGUACCGCUGCCAGCAGCUGGGAAGGACGAAGAAGAGCUCAAAGCGUUACAGGAAUGGCUUUCUUCAUAUAAACCGGAAGAGCUGUUCAACGAGCGUGGGGAUGUGAUUGAUGAUAUCAAAUCGAUCCUUCCCAAGAAAGAUUCAAAGCGAAUGGGUCAGCGAAAAGAGGUGUGUGACACAUUUGAAAAACUCAAAAUGCCAGACUGGAGACGUUACACAGUCUCAAAGGGUUCCCAGGAAAGUUCCAUGAAAACGAUCUCUCAUUUUAUGGGCCAGAUCCUGGUGGAUAACCCCCAUUCUAUGCGGAUUUUCUCCCCAGACGAGCUGGAGAGUAACAAACUUGGUGCCGUGUUGGAAAAGACGGGCCGAAAUUUUCAAUGCGAUCAGUUUUCUAAUGCCCGGGGUGGACGGGUAAUUGAAGUAUUAAGCGAGCAUAUGUGUCAGGGUUUCCUCCAGGGAUAUACUUUGACAGGACGGACGGGUAUAUUCCCGUCUUACGAGAGCUUCCUAGGGAUUAUCCAUACCAUGAUGGUUCAGUACUCGAAGUUCAACAAAAUGGGUAUGGAAACCAAUUGGCGCCGCCCUUUGCCUAGCAUUAACUAUAUUGAGACAAGCACCUGGGCACGCCAGGAGCAUAACGGGUUCUCUCACCAGAAUCCAUCAUUUAUCUCUGCGGUUUUAAAUUUGAAGCCCAAUGCUGCCAGAGUGUAUUUGCCUCCAGACGCAAAUACUUUUCUCUCGACGCUGUCUCACUGCCUGCAAUCUAAGAAUUAUGUCAAUCUUAUGAUCGGGUCGAAGCAGCCAACCCAAAUAUACCUGAGUGCAGAGGAGGCGGAGACUCAUUGCCGAGCCGGGGGUUCUACCUGGGGCUUUGCAAGCACUGAUGGAGGUUUAGAUCCAGACGUGGUGCUAGUCGGCAUCGGGACGGAAGUCACCUUCGAGGUCAUCCAGGCGGCAGCCAUCCUAAGAAAACUGGUACCUGACCUUCGCGUCCGAGUGGUAAAUGUUACGGACCUGAUGAUUCUUGGUUCAGAGAGGAGCCAUCCGCACUCGCUCUCGGAUGAAACUUUUGACGCGCUGUUCACAGCGGACCGUCCGAUCCAUUUCAACUACCACGGAUAUGAAACAGAGCUCAAGGGAUUACUCUUCGGUAGGCCUCGUGUUGACCGUAUCACCAUCGGUUGUUACAUGGAAGAGGGCUCUACCACUACUCCGUUUGACAUGAUGCUGCUCAACAGGGUAUCGCGAUUCCACGUUGCCAAAGCAGCCGUCCUAGGCGGCUCGAGGCGCAAUGAAAAGGUAAGAAUCCGGCAGCAGGAGCUUCUCACCACCCUCGAGCACGAGAUUCGAAGCGCAAGAAAGUACAUCAUCGAGAACCACAAAGCCCCUGAGAGACAGCCUCAACCAACAGCCAUGAGCAGUGGCCGUCUAAUAGCAGUUUACAUUCUCUGA